AUGGAAAUCAAAUGGAUAGCAGUUGCCCCGUCCGCGUCGCGCCUUGCCUCGCAUUCCGGAGGGUCGGGGCGCGGGGAGGUGCCGCGGGCGCUGGAGCGCGGGCCCCGGCACGCAACCCCUGCGGUCCAGCGGUGCAGCGGCAGUUGCAGCGGCCGGCGCCCGGCCCAGGGGGCGGGGGAGGGGCGCGGCGGGAAUGCGGAAGGCCCUCGCCAGUUCCCGGCUAAUGACGGCCGCGGCCGCAGCAGCCUCCGCCCGCCGCGUGAGCGCAGCACCUGCCGGCCGCGCCGGCGCCGCAGAGCGCGGCGGCUGUCUUUUCACAGGACGAACAAGUACCUGCAAAAGUCUUCCAUCACCCGAGUGUGCGCUGUUGGUGGAUUCUUCGUUUCUAUUCCCGUUUUCCUCACAGGGAUCAUUUUGUACACCUUCAUACAGUUUCAUUCUACUCCAGCCAUUGUUACAAGUGUGUUCAUUGGACUGGGGAUAAUAUUCUGCGGCUGUGCCAUGGUGCAUAAUGUCUUUGUGUGGCAAAGGGAAAAGACAAAUGCCGUUAGAGCACUUGCUCAACAACAGCAGCAAGUGAUGAGGCAACCAACUCCACCAACACCAACAGAACUGAAUAAAAGUGCAUGCCAUCCUCGUGAAGCUAGUGGAAGUGUUAGUCCAGGAAUGCCCCCUGCGACAUUAGACUUGAGUUCAGUGACCACUGCCACAGCACCCCAUGAACUCUCAACUUUAGUAUGACUGUACAAGUGAAAGUAGUGUGGGGAAACGUAGUGUGUUUAUGUGCAUUAAAAAGAACUCUUAUAAAUAAAAUCAAGAAUAUGCAAAGGGAGAAAUUACAUACCUCAGUCAUAAUAAGAUUAAUUUUAAUGUGGUACUGAGAAUCAGUCACCUGAGAGAGAUGGAAAGGAAGAUUUCCAUGGUUGGACAUCUUGGGAAUUUAUGGAAUUGUGUUCAAAUAAAAAUGGAAUACACUGUGUCAACUCUGAAACCAAAUUAUAUUUCAUGCACAUCAUGGAAUGCAUACACUUCAUUGUAAAAUAGUAUCAUUUUACAAUAUAUAUUCUUCCACGUAUAUUGGAAUUUAUGGUACAAACACAAAAACAUGUAACAUUCUGAGAAUCCUGUUGUACUGAGUAGUCCAGCAGAUUGAAAAUUUGUAAAUUUGUGACAAAUGUAAUUGUGUGUGUAUAUAGUGUUUUGAUCAAACAGCUGUGAAAGAAGGUGACGUGUGGCAGGCCACACAAAAAUACUUUGUAAAUAUUUCUUACAUAUUUCUGUCAAUGCAAUAAAAUUUUGAUCAAAGAACAUCUCUAUUAUCCAAUAUGUUAAAAUUUGAUUUUCAUUCCAAUACUCUUAUUAGGCAGGCAUUGUCAACUGGCUUCAGUAUUACGAUUUCUGAAGAGUUAUUUGUGUUAAUUAGAGUGAUUAUUUAAAUUUAAAUUUUAUUUCUACUAGAACUACCAAAAAUAAUUCAGAUUUGUUGAAUAGUAAUUAAAUUCACCAUGAUUUCUCAUUUCAUAUUUUAUGUUACAUAAUUACUCACAAAUUAAUUUUCUUUAAUUAUAAACAAUUAUUUUAAAUUUUUGUUUACAAAAAGGAUUUAAGAAAUGAUUUUUCAUGACCAUUGUAUCUGUCUUGAAAGUUGUGAUUCAUUAUCAACACUACAAAUUAUUUGGGUCAGUCAAAUAUUGGAGACUAGAAAGAAAGACACUAUUAAAAGCAAAUAUUAUAUCAACCAUUACACUGAUUACCAAUAAUGAUGUUAUAACCUACUCGUUGUGAAGUAAUGACCUGGGUAGUGUAAUAUUCUCAAUUAUCCCAAUGAAUUCACUUGCUGGAAACAGUUUACUAGCUUAGGUUCAAAGUGCUAAUUUGGGAUGUAGUAUUGUAUUUGAGAUAUUAAUGUAAGAUACUUACACCUAAGCAAAUACUCAAAAUUAAAUGUGAAUAUUUUAUGUUUAGAGAAAAAAUCUUUGACAAAAACAAUUGCUUUAGGCCUUUAAUGAAAUUAUAGAUUGAAAAUCUGAACCUACUCUAGUUCUGAUUUGAGUUAGUGAGAUAUCAAAUAAGCUUGAUAGUAACAACAUUAUUCACCCUAUGUAUUUAUAUUAUAAAAGUACUUUCAAAUUCAAGAGUGUUUUAAUAUAUUUAUUGGUUAUAUUUGAUUUAGUGCUAGUCACAUUCUCAAAUGGAAACUUUGACGUUUUCAUAUUACAAUUUGGAUAUGUGUAGUAAAUAUAAUUAUAUUUAUUUCAUUUAUUGUACCAAUCAAAGUUAAUUUUUAAAGAAGUUAUCAAAUGAUUAAAUUUUCAUUUUUUAAGACCAGAAAAGGAGUUAGGGGUUGAAGGGAAAUUAAAAAUGAGAAAUAUGAUUGAUUCUUUCUCACUUUGUUUCCCAAACCUGUUAUAUACUGAAUAAUUAAUGAUACUGAAUUCCUUUGGACCCUAUUAUGUCACAAGUUGGUUCAUUAUCUUUCAAAUAAUGAAUGUAUAAGUUUUGUUUCUUAAUAGUUUUGCAUUAUUGAUUUUCAAGAUUUUUUACUUAAUAUUUCUUCGUUAUCUUUGUUUGUUUGAUUUUUAAAUCUUGAAGACUUGGGAAUUUCUUAAACCAUACAUAAAAAAAGAUUUCUCAAAAGGAUUCUUGUUUUAAAAGAACAUACAGUUCAUACACAAGUCAUCUUGUGAUUGGUAAUAGUGAACAUGAUUUAUCUCACUGAAAAUAACCAAAAUAAAUGUUGUUGCUGAAGUAUUAGUGAAAUUGUAUAGGUAAAUAUUUUAGCUAUAAAAAUUUGAUGAAGAUUUCAAUUAAUUUUAUUACAUUCCAAUAAACUAUAUUGUCCUCCCCUAAUCACUUCUGGUCAGUUAAAAUGCUAAAGAGACCAAUUUCUCUCUGACUUCGAGUUAUCCUACUAUUUCCUUAGUUAUUGUUUCAGUGUAUAUGGAUUGUUUGUGCUUUGCAGUGAAUUUAGUACAAUUGUUUUUGCAUUAAUAUUUCUAUUACAAUAUUAUUUAAAUAGAACCAAGUCAGUUUAUUGUUGUUUCAAUAGAAAAAAAUGUAUGCAAAAUGUGUUCUUCUGAACUAUCUCUGUGUAAACUAAUACUUCUUUCCUUCCAGUCAUAAGACGACAAAGACAUUAUUGUAAAUAUAAAAGGCCCUAAAUGUUCUGAAAUGUUGUUAUUUGUAUAUUCAGAUCUGAAGUACAGAUGUUAUAGAUUGCUCUAUGAUUAAACACUGUAUUUUCACAUCCUUGCUGCAUCUGUUAAAUCAUUCUCGAUUUGAGCAAAAUGUAAAUAAGAACUACUCAAACAAUAUGUAUGUUCUGAAAUAUUUCUUAAAAAGUUUUUUAAUGUAACAAAUGUCUUACUACAUAAUAUUUAUUCACUAUGAAUGUUUUCUGGUUUUCACAGUAUUAGUAAGUAAAACGCAAAUGGACGCAACAGAACUUUGUAAUUCUCUUUCUUCAGAACUUGCACUUGUUAGCAUAUACUAUUAUGAAGUUUUGUUACAUCGCAUUUGAUUUCACAGGUGCAACAAUGAUGGAAAUCUAAAGUUGCAAGAAGUAGAAUAAGUAAAAUAAAAUGAAAGUAAUGUAAAAUAAUAUGCUGUAAACAAAUUAUUUCUGAGUUAUAAUCCUUUUUUGCUUUACAAAAGAAAUGUACCGAUGAAGUGAGGGUAAACUAUCAUAAAUAAGUUUCCUCAAUAUCAUUUAUUUCUUCAUUUUACACGUUUACAUAUAUUUUAUAUUCCAUGUACACAAAAUAUCACAACUAUAACAUGAAGGCUGAAUGAAUCAUCAGUACCUCAUUUCUCUGAAAAUUAUUUGGUUUUGAAAACUACACGAGUGCAUUAUUCUUAAUGCAUAGAUGUACUUAUAAAAUUUCACCAGUGUAUUUUAAUUUACUUCUUAUACCUCCUAAAGUCCCAAAAGCAGUGAUUAACUUACCAUUAAAAUAUUAGUAGUCAGGCUGAACACAAAAUGAUUUACUUUUCAAUUUUGCUGAGCAUUGUGAAAGCAAUGAUACAAAAGGGAACAGAUUUCUUGUCUUCUUAUUUACAGUACAUACAUGUAGAAUACACAGAUGAACUUUCUUAUGUACACAUGCCUUUGCUUAUUGGUUCAAAAGAAAGAAAAAAAUAUAUAUUGAUUUUUUUGUGUUUUCCUGCAAUACCACCUCACCUGUACAAAAAUGAUACAUGUUACUGAAGUAAGGAAACUGAGUUUAUUUUAUGUAUAGUAUGAUACUUAUUAUAUUUUUAAAUACAUAAACGUUAAGCAAGUACAACUUGGUCCUUUGAACCAGAAUAUUUAUUUGACGAAAACCAUACAAUAUUAUUCUCAGUUACAUUCAAUGUUCUUGUACAUCAUACAUUUUAUGUGGGUCAAAUAAUAAAAUGAAAAGAAAGAAAAUUUGAAAUGGUGUAUAGUUUCUGACCCUUUGUUACCCCCCAUUAUUUAUAAAAAGUAUUAAUUAAUGAUGGAGAAAUACAAGAGAUGAAUUCACAAAAAAUUAACUUGUUUGC